CCCUUAUUAGCUUCGUCCUUCCACUUGCACUCACCAUAUCCGAAACACACCUUGCAAUCUCUAAGCACACCAUAUUAUAUACUUCACCCUAAUAAUUAUUAGUUAGCUUUCAGUAACCCUAAUUAAUCUUAUUAUAUAGCUAUCUGAUCUUAAUUCUAUUCUAAAGCACCAUGGCUCAUCAAAGCCACAUAUCCACUGCAUUUUUGCUAAUAUCAAUAACAAUCCUUUUUCAUUCCGCGUUGUUAACCACAGCUGCUCUUGUUGAACCUGGGUACAAAUAUAAUGAAAAGAGCAAGGAGGGACCUGAACAUUGGGGAGAUCUUAAGAAAGAAUGGGAAGCAUGUAAAAACGGGGACAUGCAAUCUCCUAUUGAUUUGUCCAAUAAGAGAGUGCAAGUGGUGCCAAUCACAUCAAGGGAGAUGAGGAUGCACUACAAGCCUCAACGUGCUAUUCUCGCUAACAGAGGCCACGACAUCGCGGUCAAAUGGCAGGGAGAUGCUGGCUACCUUGACAUCAAUGGAACACACUUCUUCCUCCAACAAGCCCACUGGCACUGGCCUUCCGAGCAUACCAUCAACGGCCGAACCUAUGACUUGGAGCUCCACAUGGUUCAUGUAAACACCCAGCCUGAUGGAACAAAUAAGACCGCUGUGUUUGCUCUUCUCUACAAAUAUGGCUCAAUGCCCGAUCCAUUUUUGUCUAAGUUGGGGAAGUAUAUGAUGGAGAUUCAUGAGGAAGAGGAGGAGGAGAAAAGCAUAGGAGUGGUUCAUCCCUUGGAAAUCAAGAUGGGUGGCCAUAUGCACUACAGGUACAUGGGAUCUCUCACUGCUCCUCCUUGCACUGAAGGUGUCAUUUGGACUAUCAAUAAAAAGAUAAGAAGUGUUUCAAGGGAGCAAGUGAAGUUGAUGAAAGAAACAGUACUUAAAUAUUAUGCAAAAAGGAAUGCGAGGCCACUGCAGCACCUUAACGAGCGAGAGGUACAACUCUACCGGAUAGCAAAGUCAAAGAACAAAUAUUAAGCACCACCAUGUACUCUACUCUUGUGGACUUGAGGGCAACAUUAUUAAUUUGAUUUCAAUUCAUUUAUUUAUUCAACAAUAAUAAUUAGCUUUUUUUCAUUGUUGGAAACCCCAAGAAUAAUAUAUAGAAUAUUAUUGUCUUCGUCUAUUCUCAUGAUUUA